AACUUGUCUCCACCACAACUACCACCGUCAUUACAACCUUUACCAAUAGAUCCACACAAUAUACUCCCACUAUCCCUUCCACCCAGUCCCAUCCCUUCACCCCCUGGAUCCCGUGCUCCUUCACCUCUACAUUCUCCCCGACCAUCAAAUAUCGACUUGAGCGCCGAAUAUGCGACAUCGAACUCCGCUGGACCCUCGUCCUCUCCACGCACCAGCAUUUCCACCUCAUCUUCUCGACCUACCUGGUCGGGUGGACGGUCAGAUUCCAGGAGUUCAGCCGAAGAUGAACCAGUAUCGUACGGACAUGGGCACGGACGCGCUUGGUGGUUCCGUUCUGCGGGUCAAAACCAAGUUGACUCGUCCGUCUCUCCAAAAGUCCUGGCUGGCCCGAGUCUACCGCCGAUCCGACGAAGGAUCACGUCUACCAGCAGACUCUUGCCGACAGGUACACGACGGUGGGGCUGGUUGUUAGAGUUGAUGUCCUUUGUGGAAAGGGCCGACGAGGGGAGGGGAGGUAGGAUACGGGCAGGAAGGAGGAAUAGAGAGAGGGACAGGCUCAUGUCCGGUGGUCAAAGACAAAGGGGAAAGAGUCAAGCAGUUAUGGGAUCCAAGUGGUUAGGUAGAUUAUGGGCUUUCGUCCCCACACAACCGCUCACCAUUGUGACCCCUCACUCUCUUACUCUCGCUCCCCUGACACCUGCCAGUACCGCUUGGCCAUAUCACCCUCACACCGAGCUUCCAUUCACCGCCGAAAGUAAGAAUCUCGACGAAGUCCUGAAACCAGUCGGAGUGCUCGUAGGAGUUUUUACCACCGACGCGGGUACAGCCAGACGACAUAUGAUUCGACAGAGUUGGGCUAGUCACUGGCGUAGUAGGAGCGAAGGGACAGAAGGAGUGAGAGUGAGGUUCGUCAUGGCUAGACCAAGACCGAGAUAUGCGCAUGCGGUGCAACUGGAGAUGGAGGCGUUCAACGAUAUCAUUUUCCUCGACAUGCCUGAAAAGAUGAACUCUGGCAAAACCUACGCGUUCUUCUCUUGGGCAGCGGAGAAUGCCACUGUGCCCGAUUGGGAAUACCCAACGCUCUCACAAAAGCGUAUCGAGGGGCAGGUUGGUACCAAUGGCCAGGAUAUUCCCGAAGGUACUGAAGCGGCGCCAUCACCUAUUUGGCGAGGGGAGCGACGACCUGAUUACGUGAUCAAAGCCGACGAGGAUAGCUUUAUCAUGUUGGGUGAGCUGGAAAGACGUUUGAGGGCUGCUCCGAGGAGUAAAGCGUAUUGGGGAUAUCUCGUCAAGAAUCUAUUCAUGGGUGGCGAAUGCUAUGGUCUUUCCUUCGAUUUGGUCCAAUACAUCGCAUCAUCACCUGCACUUCGAACUCUGACUUAUGGUAAAGAAGACAAGCUGGUCUCUAAAUGGAUCCGAAUGCAUCCUGCGCGAGAAGAGAUUGUCUGGGUGGCAGAACGUUGUUGGAUCUACGAUCAUCCCAAAGCUCCUACCGUUUACGCACAUGGAUUUCUGUUUCCUUCAGAGGUUGCUCGUGUUCGGAAAGAAAACACCACUGGUCUUUCAUCUUCCGUAUUGGCUUUACGAGGCGGUCAUCAAGAAGCUGCCGACGCUUAUUCCUCCGUAUCAAAAUUCGGUAUACCUUAUAAAGCGCCAUGUACGGAUCUUUCAGCUACUGAACGUGUCGAAGCUCUUAUCGAAGGAUCACCCCUCAGUCGACUUCGGGACGAACCGAUAGUACAAGCAACAACACAUACUCAGGCAUAUUCGAGUUCAAAGUCGAAAUCGAACGAAAGAUUUCAAGUGAUGGAGGCGUACGCAAAUAGACCUAAUAGGACUGAAAGGUUUUUGGGUGACGAAAAGGAAAGAGGGGGUACGGUUGUUGUUCAUUAUAUCAAAAAGGAUGAGUGGUUCGUAGAGACCAUGGUGGCGUUAUUGGGGACUGCGGACGAACAAGGAGUUUGGCAUCGUGGUGUCGGAGUAGGAUUGGGAGCGUUAGAGAGGAGUAAAGGGAGAGUAGUAGGUGGUGUAGGAGAAGGAGAAGGGGUCAAAGUUGGAAAAGAUGGUGGGUUAUGAAAAAUUAUCAAUAGUGAAGAAAAGUAACAUGUUUCAUUCAUGCUUUUGACGAUGUAUACGAAGGCAUGAAAGGUAUUAAUGGGUAAUGGUCAGAUGUCUAAAUACAUUAACAUGCAUGCUUGCGUAU